CCAAAGGCCAAACCCAAAAACCCACUCACUCCUCAAACUUUUUCUUUCCUCACCAUACUCUCUCACACAUUACAAAACCCUCUAAAUUCUGCCGCCAAAUUUAUAAUUCCCACCGAUAACCGCCUCAAUCGGCGGCCUCAACCGCCACAACUGUCAAAAUAAUCUCCCGCUUAACAAUGUCCAACUCGCGGAGGAACUCGCUCAGCGGCAGCGGCGCCGCCUCCCCUCAACUCGCCGGCUCCACUCAGGAUCUCAGAAACCGAGUUAUAAACUGCCUCAACAAGCUCUCCGACCGGGACACAUUGGCGCUCGCCGCCGCUGAGCUGGAGUCCAUCGCUCGGAGCCUCGGUCAUGAUUCGUUCUCACCGUUCCUCAGUUGCAUUCACAAUACCGAUGAUUCCUCCAAGCCUCACGUACGGAGGCAAUGCGUGAGCCUCAUAGGGCUUCUUUCGAACUCCCAUGGCGAUUCUCUCUCUCCCUUUCUUCCCAAGAUGAUCUCUACUGUCAUUCGCCGUCUCCGUGAUUCUGACUCCGUCGUUCGAUCGGCAUGUGUCGACGCCGUCUCGGCCAUGUCGGCGCGGAUCACAAGGCCGCCUUUCGCCACUGCGUUCCAAAAGCCCCUAAUGGACGUGCUCUCGCUUGAGCAGAACCCCAACUCCCAGAUCGGCUCUGCUCUGUGCCUUGCGGCCGCGAUCGAGGCGUCGCCGGACCCUGACGCGGCUCAGUUACGACGGAGCUUGCCGAGGCUAGGGAAGUUGACAAAGAGCGACGGGUUCAAGGCCAAGUCAGCGCUACUUGUCCUCGUCGGUAGCAUUGUCGGCGCCGGCGGCGCGUCGACUAAAAGUGCGUUAGAUUGGCUGGUGCCGAGCGUGGCUGACUUCUUGAGUAGCGACGAUUGGGCGGUGAGGAAGGCUGCUGCUGAAGCUUUAGGAAGAGUAGCCGUUAUGGAGAGGGAUUUGGCGUCAGAGUAUAAGGAUACAUGUUUGAUUGCAUUGGAAAAUCGGAGAUUCGACAAGGUCAAGGUUGUCCGUGAGAUUAUGAAUCAAACAUUAGAGUUAUGGAAGGAGCUCAAUGCCUUCGAGGAGAUUCCUCUUCCACCUCAAUCUAGAUCUUCUCCAGAUAAUGGUAUUGGUCGAUGUUUUCCUCCUCUCUCCAAAAGUUCUCAAGACGGCGGUUUUAAGACUCCUCAACAAAAGAAAAGAGUCCCCACAAACCGGUCCCCUCUAUCCGAUUCUGAUGGUUCAUUGCCUAACAGUGUCAAAAAAGGAAGUCCUUUAAAGAGUAAUGACAGAUAUUCUACCCCGACCAUGUUUUGUAAGAUGGACCAUCAGAAGAAAGCAUCCCGAUGGAAAAUUGAAAUUGCAGUGCAAAAUUCUCCUUCCUCGAAGGUGGCUUGUGAGGACAAUGUUGGUGGAAAGAACGAUUCUCCGGUUUCAGAAUCUGGGGAGAAGCAGUCUAGUAAUCUGAAGCUGGAAACUAAACAUGCCCUUUUCAAUAAGAUUCGUGAAGAAAAAGUACACAAAUUUGGUGGUUUGAGAUCAGGGUCUCGUGUGGUUCCAUUUGAUGAUGAUGAUGAUGAGUACCAUGGUUCAGAUGUUGUAAAUGAUAAUGCUGCUGAAGAAGCUUACGACGAGAAUCCCAAGGAUGCUGAGGAUCUGUCAAAGAUCAGUGAACAACUUAUUCAGAUUGAAAACCAGCAAUCCAGUCUUUUAGACCUUCUUCAGAGAUUUAUUGGGAGCUCCCAAAGUGGAUUGAAUUCUUUGGAGACGCGGGUCCAUGGCCUAGAGAUCGCUAUAGAUGAAAUGUCAUACGAUUUGGCUGUAUCAAGUGGAAUGUUUUCGACCUCCAACUCUGCAGAAAACACAUGCUGCAAGCUGCCUGGUACAGAGUUCUUGAGCUCCAAGUUCUGGCGCAGAGCUGAAGGCCACUAUUCUUCUCAAAGGUUUCCUACUUCUGGGAUGGUUUUCUCACCCAGUAAGGAUGAAUUUUACAAGUUAGAAAGCGGCAGAUUUCAAUACCAAAAUGGAAGUGCUUUUUUUAACCCAUUGGCUGCUGACACCCAGAGCAGUUCAAGAGGUAGCAGUGGGGGAUUUUCAAACAGAAUGCCAAAGAAAGUUCAAGAUUCUGAGAGUGCCCAAGCUUGCAACACCAGUUGGCUGAGUGGUGCUUAACCAGUUACCGGAAGACAGUCACCUGAGAAAUAGGGUGGCAAUAGUAUGUCAAAUCCUCAAACUAGAAUUGAAGUGUUCUAAUGGUUGGAACAAUGUGUAUGUGUAUAGUGUGAGAGCCUGCAACUAUUCAUUGAAGACCAGACGAGGUGAGCAUGAAAUUUUGAUGUGCCAGAAAACGACACUUCUGAUUCAUGUGGCCUCGGGGAACACUGCAUUGUACGAAAGACGGCCUCAUUCAACGUAUAUUUGAUUUAGUCAGAGCUUUCAGUUUAAAAUAUAAACUCAAAAACGGAGGCAAGUACCACUUGCAACUUGUAAUUCUGUUCUGCGCAGUGUGUACCAUACCACAAAAUUAAGAUUAAUCUGUACAGAUUGAAGUUUCUGCACCAUCUUCAUGGCCCCCGUCUUUACCAACUAUAAUAUUAAUACAUGCGUAAAUUUAUUUCAAGUGCUCUUUACCAUAUUGAAUGUACAAAAUUGGCCACUUACAAAUAAUUGUAGUUUUUAUUUAACUACUUUUAGGGACUAAAGUCUCUUUUCUUUUACAAGUGAAGUAUUUAAGUUCCUUA